GGUUACCGUCCUUGUUCGUUCAUUUGAAGUUUGCGUCAACAUGGCGGGCCUGGAGCUGCUGUCUGACCAGGGUUACCGCUUAGAUGGACGAAAAGCCACCGAGCUGCGUAAAGUUCAGGCUCGUAUGGGAGUCUUCGCUCAGGCGGACGGUUCGGCAUAUUUGGAGCAGGGAAACACGAAGGCUCUGGCUGUAGUGUACGGUCCACAUGAAAUGCGAGGUUCACGGAGUCGGACACUUCAUGAUCGAGCUGUUAUCAACUGUCAGUACAGCAUGGCCACAUUCAGCACAGCUGAGAGGAAAAGGAGACCCCACGGGGACCGUAAGUCCACCGAGAUGAGCCUCCACCUUAAGCAGACGUUUGAAGCUGCUGUGAUGACCCAGCUCUACCCGCGGUCUCAGAUAGACAUCUAUGUCAAGAUUCUGCAGUCAGAUGGCGGUAACUACAGCGUGUGUGUGAAUGCUGCCACUUUGGCGGUGAUUGACGCCGGCAUCCCCAUGCGGGACUAUGUGUGUGCCUGCACUGUUGGUUUCGUGGACGAGACGCCACUUGCUGACCUUUGCUAUGCAGAGGAAAGUGGAGGUGUGAGCUCUUUGGCUUUAGCACUGCUUCCCCGAGGUGGACAGAUAGCACUGCUGCAGAUGGACGCCAGACUGCAUCAGGAUCAUCUAGAGACUCUGAUUGAAGCUGCUAUGACAGCCUGUAAAGGCGUGAGCAAGGUGCUGGAUCAGGUGGUACGACAACAUCUUGAAGAAGUGUCAAUGCUCACAGGAGAAUGACACGGGGGGGGGGGGGGGCAUUUGGACUUUAGAGGGAGACAGUAAUGUUUAUUCUAUUAAUUCAUAACAUUUGCAAUGGCCUUUUGUGUAUAAUGUGGUGAGUGACAAUAAAUAUGUGAACUCUA